UGUGCAUGCGCAAACAUUGAUGAGAUUGACAGUUUUGGGGGGAGAAAAAAACGAAUCUAUGGCCCUAAACCUUGGACCCCAGUCAACAUUUGCCCACGGUUAAUACGUAACCAAUGAUGAGGAGGUGAACACAAAGAGAGAAAGCCUGGCUGGUCUGUGACAGAGCCUGAAGAGGACUCCAAGAGCAGAUGUUGUUCAGCUGACACCUGUUCUGGCACACUGCUCAUCACGCCGAAGAUAGAUAGCUUCACAGCCAACACUUUCUCUGCAAGAUAGACAUCAUCUGACAUGAUCAAGGCUUAAAAUACGGAUGCUGCGAUGGUCCGUGGACGGAUUAAUAACAGCGAGACUGAGUUCGCUGCAUGGACCAGGUGUAGGUGUAGUCCAUGCUAACCAUGGGCAGUGAGUCCCCACAGGCCAUUGCCCGGCUGUUUGCCUGGGUCAACGGGAUCUCCAAGUGUGAGCUGAUUGAGCUGAAAGAUCUCAGCCUAAAUGAUCGCAUUGAGCUGGCACUGGAACCACCAGCCGCUCCGCCCCCAGCAGCACCCCUGACUCCCAGGCAGGUGAGAGAUUCCCAGAGGUCCAGCCAGGUGGUCCAGCUGGUGGGGGACAGUGUGAGAGUUGAGGGGCCCUCGUUGUUCACAGGGCAGGGUGGGAAGGGACAUGACUUCCAGCCUUGCAGCUACACCCAGAUCACAUGGUGCGACCUGUGUGGAGAAUUAAUCUGGGGCCUUUACAAACAGAGCCUAAGCUGUGCUAACCAGCCUCAAUUCAUCGGUACAUGGACUCUGCAAGGUGUCAAAAGUGUUCCACAUCGAUGCUGGCCCAUGUUGACUCCAAUUCUUCCCACAGUUGUGUCAAAGUUGGCUGGAUGUCCUUCGGGUGGUGGACCAUUCUUGAUACACAUGAAGCGAGACGGAUCAUACACUGGCUUCAUCGGGGUCCUUUUUAAGCUGACUCGUCCCGUGUCACUCCCACCCCCUUGGAAGGCAUCUUCACCACAGGAAUCGGGGCAGCUGGAUGGGGGAAUGAAGUGCCGGACCUCUUUCUACCUCCCCAAAGAUACAGCCAAACACCUGCACAUAGGCUCCCGGACACAGGUACGAGAGGUCAUAGAGGCCCUGCUCAACAAGUUCACUGUGGUGGACAACCCGGCCAAGUUCGCCCUGUUUGAGCGAAGUGAACGUCAAAACCAGAUAUACCUCCGUGAGCUGUCUGACGAGUGGCCGUUCCCCCUGCGUCUGUGUGCCGGACCUAGUGAGAUAGUCCUCAGUCUGGGGAGGUCAAUGUGAGUCCUCUUCAAAACCAUAGAAAUAAAAUAUAUUUCUACGUCCAAAAAAUACACAGAGGGCUCUCAUAUGCGCAAUACUGAAAAUUAAGUGUAUUGUAAAGUGUUGACAGAGUAAUUACUCUGCUACGCUCUGGGCAGGGACAGGGUGAAGGAGACAAUGGCCAACAUCACCACCCCAGGCUGAUGUGAUGUAAUGGCAUCAUGGUGGAGAGGCAUGCACACUUGACCAGCAGCCACCAGGAGCAUGGUACACAAUAUGCCAUAUGUUCAAAGGUCUUUAGAGCUGUCCUUGAUGUAGCAGAUAGAGCACAGCACAACAACCUCUGCAGCUGUUGAUGGCAACUACGGCCAAAUGGGGUUAGAUGGGGGGAGAGUCAGGAAGUCAGAGAUCAAUCAUGAACAUGUCCUUGAGACAGACUUUGGCCGUGUUCGAGAGGAUCAACAUUGUAAUGUAUCAUGGGUAAAUUGUGACUGACGGACUGAUCUACAAAUAAUAAUGAGUCGUUAUUUGUAGAUGAGUUAGUCGGCAGUCGCCUGACAUAGUAGUGUAAGCUAGGAGAGAAGGUAGAGAUAUUUAGAGCAAACAUGUGGGCUACUACUAUGGGUGUUGUGAGGCCUAGAUUGGGCACUACUGUGAAUGACUGGAAGAAGUUGUCUGAGGAGUGAGGACCGACGAUAACGUCAUUGACUGGACACCCAGGAGAUGUCCUGGUAUGGACACGGCUUAACUGGAGAACUGGAGUUUUUCCACUGGGAAAAUGUAUUCUGCUGCUCAGAUGUUGGGGGAGGUUGCAAUAACUGAAGAUUUAAUUGUAUUGAGCUGUUGUUACUCCAAUAAUUCCCCUUGUUAAUUAAGGGAUCAUUGAAUGCGUCUGACAUGCCAAUCUAAUGUGGGCUUUCUCUAGAUUUCUAUCUUAGUUUAGGGAGGUGUGAUGAAACUUGACAACCGUUUUAGACCAGGGCUGUGUUCAGUAGUGCAUACUGUAGCAAAAAUGUAUUUCAAUCAAAAACAAAAUUCUGUGUUCUUACAGGGACAGUUUAGGUCUCUCCCUGUUUAAAAAAACAUUUUCUUCCUACUGCACAUGGCCCAGCUUUCUGGGAAGCCAUUUGUCAAUUACUCAGAUAAAUCCUAUAACCUUUUAAUUAGCCAGUGUCAUGCAUGUUUUAUUAUGGGAAUUACAUAUCUAAGGAAAGAAAUCUAUUUUGCAGUGUUCAUAUUUCCAAUAAUAAAAAGAUAA